AUGGCGGAUGAGAGUAAAGACACUGCUAUUACUACAGCGAUCAUGGAAUCAUCGUCAAAAACAUUUCUCUACCCACUUCACGAAAUCGCCAUGACUCCAACCCACAAGCUUCUGUUAAAGCAAUGGCUUAAAGAAGAAGAACUGAUCCUGAAUCGAAUCGCUCUCAAAGAAUAUUACUCCGAUUCUUCCUCCAAGCGCAGGAAAAGCCUCGACAUAUAUUCACCAAAUCACACAUAUAGUGGAAUCCUUCGUUUCUACUUAAGGGGGUCUGCAUCUGGAUCAUGCAACCGAUCAUGGAUCCUAUCUCUCUGUUCGCUCCUCUGUUCUCUGGGAUUAAUCUGGGCUGUUCGUUACAAGACAGACACAAAAUCGCAUCUGGAGAAAUUACUGGAGAGGGAGAAAGAAGAUGGGAAGUUAUUGGGGAAGUUUGUGGAGGAAUUGAAGAAGAAAGGUUUGGAGUUUGAUUUGUUGAAGGAAGUUGAUGCACUUCGAAGGGCUAAAACUUUGAGGGUUGAAGGUAAAGCAGUGAAGAAAUGGUCAACGAAAGACUCUGUUACUCUGUUUUUCUUCACUGUUUCUUGUUUGGUUCUUGCUCUUACUAGGGUCAUUCUCUGCAAUUGAUCCAAAAUGGUGAUAUGGGUUUUAAUUUUUUUGAUUACUUAAGUGGGAUUUGGGUUUCUGGUUCGACAUUGCAUAAG